CUCUUCUGCUGUGUAGAAGAGCUGUUGUGAGAGUCGGCUGGUAACUUUGGAGGUAAAAAUGUCAGAAAACCUAGUGUUUUAUUCUGAAACGAAGUCCAUCAUGGAGACUGUCAUUAUGACAGCUGUUGAUAUCGGACGUUUAAAGGAAGAAAAAUCUUCAAAGGUGCCAAAUAUAAGAAGUGAGGCAGAGUUUGACAACAUUGUGAAGAUGUUGGCUCAGGAGGCAACGAGAAAGAUCAACGUGAUUUUCUCCCAACUUUCCUCAAUGCUGCACAAUGACAACAAGACUCUGAAGGCCAAAGUGAGGCAGCUGGAGAAUGAGCUGAAGACUACGACUGAAAGCUUUGAAAAUGCCAGACUGUGGAGAGAAAAUGUCCUGAACGGCUGCCCGGUCCUGUUUGAGCAGAGCGGGUUGAUUUACACCUUGAAGCCUUUUGGGAAGUUAAAAAGAAAGACAGAUGAACUAACAGAGGAAGUCACAGGAUCAACGCCUGCUGCUGGGAUGGAGAGUGGACAUGAUGCUGAUGGUGGAGAGGCAACAAAGGAGGUGAACUCUGAAGCUGAUACCUCACCGGCCAGUAAACAUGGUGAUUGUACCACAACAAGCACGACAGAAUCCAAAAACACUGACAGCCAAAACACACAGGAAGCAGAAGUCAGGAAGAAAGGCAAGGUCUUUGUAUGUGAUGUCUGUAACAAGAGCUUCAACCGCCAGUUUCAUCUGAUGAAGCACAUGAACACUCACAAAGAACAGAGGCCUUUCGCCUGUGACCAGUGCCCGAGAAAAUUCAGGAAUACAGCAACUUUUGAGUACCACCUGCUGCGACACGAGGAGAAGAAGUAUGCUACCUUCAAGUGCCAGCUCUGUGAGAAGACAUUCAAAACAAAAAUGCACCUGAAGACUCACCAGCUCGUGCACACAGACACGAGGCCAUUUAACUGCUCCACCUGCGGGAAGGCCUUUAAAACUAAACACAACCUGCAGGCUCACCAAGUCGUACACACUGUUGAAAAGCAGCACAAAUGCUCAGAGUGUGGGGAGAGUUUCAGGUAUGCGUUCACUCUGCAGUGCCAUAAAAGCAUUCAUACUGGUGAACAUCCUUACAAAUGCUUGGUGUGUGGCAAAGCUUUUGUAAAGAGGAGGUCGCUCAGGACGCAUCAGUCAGUCCACAAGGGGAAAAUGUUUACAUGUGAGACAUGUGGGGCAGGCUUCACCCUGCAACACAACCUGAAGAGACACAUUCAUAUUCACACAGGUGAAAAACCGUUCAAAUGCAAAGUGUGCGGGAAGAGUUUCAUUCAGGACAACAAGCUGAAAGCCCACAUGCUCAUUCAUGGUGCCUCAAAGUCAUUCAUGUGUGACCUGUGUGGUAGGACUUUCCUUUACAACUGCCAACUGCAGAAACACCAGAAAGUAACUCAUGAUGAAGCACACGGGCAGGUCAUCAGGAGUCGGACUCGAGAACGAGGUACCCGCAGAGUCAUCUAUCGACGGGACAGAACGACAGUAGAUGUUACGCCGCUCAGCUGCAAGACCUGCCGCAAGAGCUUUGACACUGCAAGUUCACUGAGAAGACAUGAGCUCAUUCACACAGGUCAGAUGCAAUACCACUGCGACACGUGUGGGAAGUAUUUUUUCUACAAAGCAACAUACAACUACCAUCAGCGGAUCCACUCUGGAGAACGGCCAUUCGGUUGUGACGUGUGUGGGAAGAGGUUCAUCAUUCGCCAGGCUCUCAAGUCCCACAAACUGCAGCACUCCGGAGAGAAACCACACACGUGCGAGCAGUGCGGCAAGGCCUUCAGGAUCUACACAAACUACCUCAGACACUUACGGGUACACACGGGGGAGAAGCCUUACGAGUGUGAAGUUUGUGGAGUGAGGUUCAGGCAGCUUGGACACGUGAAGUUUCACAUGCAGGUCCACACAGGAGAGAGGCCGUAUUCCUGCAGCAGCUGUGGACUUGGAUUUUCAGACUCAAGGCUGCUCAAGAGACACAACUGUGCUGAGAAGUAUCAGAAAAUAUCAGGGAACACACUCACUACGUCCUGAAACUGUGCAGGUGGUGCAAAUAAUGACAAUGCAGCAGUAAUUUCUUUGUAUUCUUACCUUCUUACCUGUGGUAGAUCUUACAUUAUUUAUUUCCUGUCAGUGCAAAACACCUAGUCCUGAAAUGUAUUGGAUAUCUGAAGAAAAUGCACUUUUAAAGCUUCACAUACCGUUAACUAGUACCACAGGAGGGACUGGUGUAGAGCCAAACCACCAGCUACUGGUACUGGACAUCCAGACAGAUAACUUUAAAAUUCUGGGUUUAAGGUUGUUUUCAUCUAUCUGAUUCCUCAGGUUUGGGUUAUAGUUCAUAAUGUAUUCAAAAACAGCAAAGCACAGUAAAAUAAAUGUCUAAAUAAAGCUGUGAUUCUUGAGACGUGACAUUUACAGUACAGCCGGUCAUCAGCACACUCUUUCAUCACAUGUUCAGAUAAUAUAUCGGCAUCCUUUACAAAGAACAGUGUGUAAGAUUUAGGAGGAUUUAUUAGCAUCUUGCAGUCAUGAUUGCAGAUUGCAACCAGCUGAAACUUCUGGUUAGAAUUCCUUCAAUGUAUGUUGUUCGGGAAGUUUGUAUUGGGAGCUGAAUUAUCACUAAAGAAAACACUUAAUAUACCAUGAUCAUUUCUGUCAAAAUAUCCC